AUGGCUACUUUGAAACGCAAGUCUCCUGAGUUUGCUGAUGCGCCCGAUGUCACCCCUACCGGCCCGCCGAUCAAGCGUAUGCGUCUGACCCAGACUCAGAAGCAAGCAUUGAUCGACAACCUCCAGCUUGAAAUCACUGAAAGAGCUCGCAAGCUUCGCUCGCAGUAUGCUUUGCAGGCAAGUGACCUCCGAUCACGCAUUGAACGACGCGUCAACCGUAUCCCCAUGUCUCUACGCAAGGCCACUAUGGGCGAGCUCCUCGAAAAGUACUCGAAACCCGCAACCACAUCACCCAUGCGGAAGGCUUCACCUGCUAAGGCGUUCAGAGCGCCACCCAGCAUUUCCAUCGACCAGGCCCUUGCACGCGAUGGUCGAUCUCGACGCACAAGCCAUGAUGACCACUACUCUGACAAAGAAAAUGCGCCGGCAACGGGUGAACCCGAGGGCUUGAAGAACCCCAAGCGGCGCGGCAAAGCCCCGGCGGCUGGCGGUGCCUCGCGCGUCGCAUCUCAAGAAGUGCGAGCAAACGACAACCGCAUUCUGUCCCCCAAGUCUCUGAACUCGCGAACUUACCCACAAUCUCCCUUCCGUGCUUCUCCCGAAAAGGGUCAGCCGUCAUACUUGUCACGCCCUACCUCUCCACUGAAGCCCUCGAGUCCCUUGCGCGCAGCCGGCGGAAGUUCCCGCCCACGCGGCGCCACCACCUCCACGGCCAGGGACAACUAUCCAUCCUCUCAAGUCAAGAAGACGUCUGCACGCGCUGCGACUGGCCCCCGGGCUGUCAAGUCUCCUCUUCCACGUCCUGCCACUCGACAGGGAUACGAGCGCAAGAACAGCAUGUCAUCAACCGCUUCCUCGGGAACCACCGUUCAGAAACCUACUCGUACUGGCACAAACGCGAGGAAAGCAACGACGGGAACUGCUUCCUCCACGGCCAAGAAGACUGCCGCUGCCCGGCCGCAGGCUGCCUCUAUGGCUGUCAAGAAGACCGCCGCCGCAGCUACUGUGCGCAAGACCACCGCACCCGCAUCCACGACAGAGGCCACGACCCGCACGAGAGCUCUGCGGAAGCGAGUGUAG